GCUAAUAGGUUAGACUGUUAUGGGUUCAAAUUUAAGACCAAAAAGCUCAUUUUUUGUUUUCAGGAAAUGCCAAUUUUGACUUUGCAGCUGGCCCAUCUAGUGGAAACUGCUCAGUUCUGCCUCCAGGGCAAGAUUAAUUACAAUAAACAUCAACCUGCAGCAGAGAAAGCGUAAGUGUUGAAGGACUUUACCUGGCUGUGCUGGUUGGAAGCACUCUACUUGCAGUGAGACGACCAAUCAACGCAGGGAAACACCUGCUAAUGAUGCACUUGGCAUUAAACUAUGAGGCAGGCACUGCAGCCCCUGCUGUAGCCUGGCAACCCUGCAAGCCCUGCUAGAGAUACUGAAAAUCCAGACAGUACUUAGAGUUACUGGAAGCUAAAUGUAACUUCCUCUUCAGAGACUCCACAUCACACUCCAUUUUAGACCAUCAGGAUCCCUAAUCACACAAUAUAUGGUAUUAGACACUAUAACACUCCGUACUACACAAGUAUUUAAGUAUGCCACAGUGUAGCACAACAACGGUGGUACGAAGCCUCCCCCUUGUAAUCUUUCAGGUAAAUAUUUGUUGUGGGUAGCAUGUGGAAAACAACCACUAGGCUUAUCUCUCAUGACACCUCUCCUGCCUAAGGCUCUUGGUUACAUGCAAAUCACUUACUUUUUCCACAGAACUGUAGUACAGUAAUACAACAAUACAAAAUAAAUACAGUCUUAAACAGAAAAUGUAAGAGCAACACAGAUUAUUUUUUGUUUAUAAUAAAUAAUCAGACCCAAUAAGCAUAACCCAAAUUUGCCUGAAAAAAUGAUUAGGGGAUGAAAUGACAACCUUUUACAACAAAAUUGUACGAGUCUCCUCUAAAGUAAACAGCUAAAAUGACAAGUCUGAUUGAUGACAAUCAAAUGAUAGGCACUGUCAAGAGAGGAAGGUCACACCCUAUGUCGUCUGCUUUCGUUGCAUUGAGCCCAACAUGGGGGAAGAACGAGAGGUAAUUACUGUAUGAGAGGAGGGAACCUAUUCAAGCCCUCCUCCCCAUCAUACUCACUAAUCUCUCUCCAUUUGGAACUCUCAAAUUGUUUGUAGAGAGAUUGCCUUGUUCAACCAUUCCACCUCAACUCGGGAGUCCUGGACCUACCAACCUGUCUGUCUUGUUUUUGCGCAUUAACAUAAUACAUGAUCUACAAACUGUUGUACCAGGCUGAGGUACAGUGAGAGGAAGCAGGAUGUCCAAUAACAUGGCUAAGAUUACAGAUAUCCGCAAGACAGUGGAACAGCUGAAACUGGAAGUUAACAUCGAAAGAAUGAUGGUGUCCAAAGCAGCAGCUGAUCUGAUGGCCUUCUGUGAGGCUCAUGCCAAGGAGGACCCUCUGGUGAUACCAGUGUCAUCCUCUGAGAACCCUUUUCGGGAGAAGAAAUUCUUCUGUGCCAUACUCUAAUCCCCACAAAUUCACUUUAUUAAAUACA